CCGCGCCGCUGCCCCCUGCCGCCGGGCCGCCCCGCUGAGCGCCCCCGCGGGAAGGGGCGGCCCCGCCGCCGCCGCCCGCCCCGGGGAAGGAGUCGGAGCCGCCCGGGCCAUCUCCAUCACCGGCGCUCCCGGGCUGCCGCUUCGCCUCACGGUGCCCGGGCCGGCCCCCCCGGCUGCCCCCCUGCCUGGCGGCGGGGAGGGCGAAGAUGUCGGGCAGCACGGCGAGGAAGGUCCAGCCCUUCACAAUCAGCACCAAGCUGUCGCUGCCCAAGUGUGCCGCCGACUGCCCCAGGGACGCCUGCCCCAGCAUCGCGCUCGCCUCCGCUCUGGACAAUCACCGCGGCCUCCGCCGCAGCCUCAACGAGCGCAUCUCCCUCUACCUGGCCCAAGCCCGGGCCAGCCCCGCCGCCCCCGAGGGCCAGCCCCGCAGCCCCAGCCCCGGCGAUGAAGCGGGGACUGACGAGGAGCGGCUGAACCGCAACUCCCUCGUCCGCUCCAUUAAGAAGAUCACGCUGUCCAACUGGCACGGGGAAGCUGGCGCGGGAAACGCGGGGGGACACGGGGACCCUGCUCGGACCGGCGGCGAGAGGAACCACAACAACAACAACAGCAGGCCAGGGAAAGCUCAGUUCAAGGUCUUCCUUAGGAAGGAUGUGGAUGCAGAGGAUGAGCAGCAGGAGGCUGGAAGUCUGUGGACUGGUGGUUUCUGCUCUCUGGUGGACAGAGGAUCUCCCCUCAAUGCGUUGGCAGGACCCCCACCAUCAUUGCCCUGGAAAGAGAGCCCCAAGGGCAAGGAGCCCGCAGCGGCACCAAGAUGCAGCGGGCGAAGUGGCGUGGGAGUGUCCCCCCUCCUUGACCCAAGCCCUCUGGUAGCCCAGUUCAACCGGGAGAUGCUGCAGGCAGAGGGCUGGGUGCGAGGCAAGCUGCGGGACCUGAAGGAUGGCUGUGACCUCCAGGACUGGGAGGAGGUGGCUCAGACCCUGCAACGGGACAUGAAGGAUUUUGAGAACACGCUGAUAAAGCUCAAUCAGAUGGGCGAGCAACUGAUGUGGCGGGUGAGCCCCAGUGCCGAUGGGGUGCGGAGGCAGCUGCUGGCCCUGCGGGACCAGUGGCAACUCCUGAAGCAGACAGCUGCCAGCCAGAACAAAGCCCUGGGGGGGCUGCGGAGCCUGCAGGACUUCAACAGAAAAGCAGAGCAGCUGGAGGCAUGGAUCAGGCACAAGGAGGAGAAGCCCUCGCUGGCAGCCCUCCUGCAGGAAAGCCCAGACAAGAUCCAGCUCACUCGCCGCAUCCUUGACUUGAAGCAGGAGGAGCAGCAGUUCCAGAGUCUGCAUGAGGAGCUGAACAGUCUGGCCCAGAAGCUGGAGAAACAAGGCAAAAGUGAGAGCAGGAGCAUCUCAGCCCGGCGCAAGCACCUCAAUAAAACGUGGCUGCGGCUGCAGGGCACCCUGAAGGAGCACCAUGAGGCUCUGCAGCUCGCUCUGGAGGUGGCCUCCUUUCUCCAGCAAGCAGAUACCCUGCUCAGGGCCAUCCAUGCCAAGCAGAAGAGCAUUUGUGUUCUGGGGAAGCCAGGGGAGGGUGAGCCAUGCCGGGAUCGAGAUGUCAGGGACAUGGCCAGCCAGGUGAUGAUGCUGGAUGUGACUGUGUCCCAGCUCCUCAGCCUGCAGCCCAGCCUGGCAGCACGACUCACCCCCAAGCACCGAGAUGUCAAGGAGAGGUGGGCACAGCUCCAGCAGGCACUGAGGACGGAAAAGGCUCCAGCGCUGGUGAGCAGUUCCCUGGGGAGCAAAGCUGUGGCUCCAAGCACGGAGCCCCAGGAUGACAGCAGCCGUGGGACUGUGGGGAAGGAAGCAGGAGACAAACGGACAAGAGGCCCUGGGAGCACGGUGCUGAAGGAUGUGCCGGGGAAGACAGAGGAGCAUGGGAGAGGGGAGAAGAGCAGCCCUGGCUCUCCAGCAACGGGGCAGCCCCCUCAUGGCUGGGACAGCAAAAGCAGGAGGAGGAGAGAGACAGAGGCUGAGUGGGGAAUGCGGCAGGCAGAGGCCCAGGUGCAGGAUGUCUGUCAGGUGGUGAAUGUGACUGUGUGCCAACACAAGGAGAGUGGGGGUCCUGGCAUCCCCUCGCAUCUACUGGGGGACAUGAAGAGCCUGGAAGUAGCACGAAAGCAGCGGGAGCCCCUGGACCCCAGCUCCAGUGCCAGGGCUGUGCUCUUGGAGGGGCCAGAGCCAGGGGGGCCUCUGGGCAGCCCACCGGUGGAGGCCAUGCUGCGGGAACUGGGGGAGCUGUGGGAGGACCUGCAGAGGAAGCACCAGGAGAAUGGCGCUGUGCUACAGGAAAUUGAUAAGGCACUGAGGCUCGUGGGGGAGCUGGACCGGGCUGAGCGGUGGCUGCAGUCUGUGGCCGGGUCGCUCUCAGAGCCAGCCACCAUGAGGAGCCCCGUGGAGCUGCGCCGGGACCUGGAGGAGACGGGACAGCUGGAGAGACAGCUCCUGCUGUGUGGCCUCAAGCUCCAGGGGCUGCGGGAGGAGGCAGCGGGCGAGUCACCUGCUGAGCAUGAAGGGGCGAGGAAGAUGCAAAGAAAGGUGGAGAUGGUGGAGGAGAAGUUGGCACGUGUGCAGGCAACCCUGCAGCGCCGGGUAGCAGACCUGCGUGACUCCCUGGUGCUGUCUGAGUUCCUGCAGGACCUGCAAGAGGAGGAGGCACGGAGCCAGCAGGGACCUGCAGCACCAGGGAGCAGGCGUUGUGGCUCACAGGGGUCUUUUCCCCUGCUCUCGGCCCAGGCUGGGCAGCCGCCAAGCAGCGAGGACAUGAGCCGGCCCUUGGGAGAGCUGCAGGAAGCCGUGGAAAUGUUGAAUGAUGUGGCAAAGGAGCGGGAGCGGGUCAUGGAGGUGGCUGCGGAGACAGAGAGCCUGGAGCGCCUGGUGGCAGAAGUGUCCCCACGCCUGGAGGCCCUUCGAUGCAGAGCCGAGGCACUGGCUCGUGCCACUGCCCAAGCUGAGAGUGGCUUCACCACAGUGAAGAGUGAGAAGGAUCUCCAGGGGCUGCAGGGCUUGCUGAGCCAGCAGCAGGAGAUGGAGCAUGUGAUGUCGGAGACCCUGAAGGGGCAGCUGGAGGAGCUGGAGAGGGCAGCUGCCCACUUGCAAGAACUCUGCCCUGCUCAGCUGUGCCCUGUCAGUCAGGAGGUGCAGAGGACGCUGCAGGCCUGGGCAGGGCUGCAGGAACUGCUGCGGGAGACCCGGGCCCGUGUACAGCAGGCGGGCCGGCUGUGGCACUUCUUCAAGGAUUACUUGGCCAUGAUCUCCUGGACAGAGGACACACGGGCUCAGAUCUUCUCCGAGAGCCCAAGUGGCCAUGGUUUUCCAGAGGCUCCAUGUGAGGAACUGGAGAGGAGGAUUGAAGGGAAGCUCAAGGAGUUUGAGGCACUGGCAGCAGUGGGGCAGGAGCUGGUGUCUGAGGAGCACUACCUGAGCCCAACGAUAAAGGAACGCUUGGAGGAGCUGCAGAGCAUGCUGGGCUGGGUGCUGGUGCGUUGGCGAGCCCAAAAGCACCAGCGGGACCCAGGGAGCAAGCAGCAGGAAAGACGGGACACAGAGAGUCCCGUGGGCACAUCCCCCACCAGCCAAGAGCAGCGUGCCACAGGUCCUCGGCCCCAGCUGGAGAGCAUCUGCAGCCCAGCGGGAUUCAUGCCCUGCUCCCUCCAGGAGCCCAUGCAAGGACUGGGGCGGCAGGUGCCAGUGGCAACAGCCAGCUCUCCACUGCCAUCACCUGACUCCCCACUGCCAUCACCCCUCUUGGGUGCCCCAUUGGAAGUGGAGAGGAGCUGGGGGGAGCCCAGAAGCUUGACACCUCACAGUGCAGAACCCCCCGAGGAGGCUGCCAUCUGGGAUCCCUCUGAGACCUCCACGCUGCUGCUGCCACCGAGGGGCCCCGGUGGGCUGGGGGGGACAGUCAACCUCAUCCUCAGCAUCAGCAAGAAGGGUGAGAAGAAGAAGAACGUGCAGAUGGUGACCAGUGGUGAGCAGCCAGCAGAAGAGGUUGUCCGGACGCUCCCUGCCACUAAACCCUCAAGCUGUAAAACCUUUUGGAAGCGUUGCCAGGGGCUUUUAGGAAACACUUGGGGUAGCUUAAAGCGAAAGAGAAAGCCACCUCGCCAGCCAGUGGAAGAGGUGCAGCAGGUGGAGGCCAGGAAAACCUGUGACUCCAAGCGGCCGCCCGCUGCUGCCCGCUGCCCUCUGGCACCCAGUGACGGGACCCUAGCCACGUCCCACACGCUGCCCAAGACCGGGGCUGGCUCCCUCUUCAACAGCCUGCAGCGGCGGGAGCGGGCGCGGGCCGAGCAGGCGCGGCUGCUGACCCUGCAGGGCAUCAUGGGCGCCAGCUCCCUGCAGCCCCCGCCCGAGGAGCACCACGGCCCCAGCAACACGUGGCCGCAGAAGUGCGGCCGGAGGAAGGGGGGCCCGGGGGCAGCCGCCUCUGGAGUUGGGGAGCUGCUGCUCUACGUCAGGAACCCGCUGGUGCGGGACAUCGACGCCGAGUGUGGGGCAGCCCCGGAGGGCCCCCGCCUCCCUGACUCAAAAGCCACGUGCCCCCACCUGGCCCUGGGCUCGGUGCUUAGCCUGGAGCUGCCCCGAGACGUGUCAGUCCUGGGGUGCCACCAAGGGGCCACGGUGCCACGGGGGGAGGCGGAGGGGCAGGAGCAGAGGCAGGGCAGGAAGGUGAGGCCAUGGAAGCCCAGGGGCACGCAUGGGGCCAGAUGGCAGGAGGAGGUGGAUGUAGAUAAGCACAGUCCUCAGGUGCCCGGUGAUGGAAUGGGGACAUCCCCUAAGAGUGAACGAGGAACAUGGUUUGAGGAGGUGAGCUUCAACCCCAGCUACAGCAGCCAAAGGGCGUACUGCGCCAGGGAUGAGUGCUGGAGCCCGCAGCGCCCUGGCAGCACCAGCAAAGAACUCCAGGACUUCAGGCCGAGCCAGCCAUCCCACACCGGUGUGCUGCAUGGGUGGGUUGGCCAGGAGGAGGACAAGCUGACCACCCGACUGGGCCAGGACAGCAGUCCCAGCACCAUUGGCAGGGCCAGGCACCACGAAGCCACUCGGCUGGAGCUCAGGCCAUCCCCUGCCAGCAUCCCCAGCAGGGCAGAAGCCAUCCCAAGCAGACAGCAGCCAACCCGCAGCGCCCAGCCUGGUGGGCCCCUGGCUUCCCCUGCUGCCCCCACUCAGCUCUCGGUCUUCGAGUGGGCACUGGGGUCCCUGCAGCCCCCUAGCCCUGUGCCAGACACCAGGGAGGUGUGCCACCCUGCCCACGGGCAGUUUGAGGAAGAGGAGGAGGAGCUGCAGGCUAUCUGGGAUAGGGUAGGCGAGCAGCAGGUACCCAGCCCGCCAGCCAGCAGCCAUGCCUGCCGUGGGCAGAGGAGCAAGGGGGACAGCCUGCCCAGCCCUGACGCCACUGCCAGCGGGCCUCUCAUCCUCUUGGCAGACAAUAACGUGCUGGUGGCCAAGUUCACUCUUCCCACCGCUGCCCGGCUCCUCCACAGCCCAGCAGGAGAUAAGAGCCCCAGCGUGGGGCACAGCGGUGGUGGCAGCCCCAGCAAGCACGGGGCAUCCCCCUGCAUGGAAGAGCUGGUGACCGCAGCCUCCUUGGACAGCCCGAGUGCCUGGGAUCGGCGGAGGCAAGGUGAAGAGGAGAGAGAAGGCGGCAAGGCCUAUCCCAGUAAAGCAGAGUUUCAGAUGAUGGAGGGGACGCUGGAAAGGAAGCAUGUGUUGCAAACAGGAGGGAAGAAGGCCAACUGCCGUGCCUGGGGCCUCUUCCAUGCUGUGCUGAUGAGGCAGACACUGUGCUUCUACCAGGACCGGAGGGACAGCCUCAAGAGCUCUGUGGUAGCCCUUCCACUAAACCUCUCUGGGGCAGUUUGCACCCUGGACACUGAGUACACCAAGAAGACCAACUGCUUCAGGCUACAGCUGCGGGAUGGUUCUGAGUACCUCCUGAGGGCCCCCUCACAGCCCCUCAUGAACGAAUGGGUCUCCAAGCUGCAGCAAAACUCAGGUUUCCCUGAAGUGGAUUACUUCCAGGCAGCAGCACAGCGUGUCGAGGGCACCGGCGGUGCUGGGGGUUUCAGCAAGGUCCCCAGCCCUGGAAGCUCCCACCUCCAGGGACAUCAUCAGGUCACAACUGCCAAGAGCCAGGAGAUCGUGGUGCUACCCCGAUCAAACGCCCCGCUGCCGCAGCCUCUGAGCAGCAAGGAUGGCCCAGCCGAUGGGACUGUGGCUGCAGCAGAGGAUGCUCAUUGGGCCGGGCACAGGGAGCAGCGGUGGUCACCGAGGGGGUCCCCCGGGCUGUGGGACAACAGCUGCCAAGAAGAUGACUACGGGCUGGUGGCCAACAAGAGGAGGUCCUACUCCUUCACCUCAGCCACCUACCAGAAGAUCACCCCAGUGGCGGCACCCAAGGAGCCUGUGGAGGCUGGGGGCAGCUACUCGGUCACGCUGUACAUCGGGGAGCAAGCCUCGGCUGUGCCACGGGCACGCUGCCACUCCUUUGUGGCCCGGCCAGGGAGCCCACGGGGCACGCUGGGGGAGAAGACCCCCGGCCCCUCUCGCCCCAAGAACAAAUCAGUCUUCAAGAAGUUCUUCGGCAAGAAGGAGUGAGACCCAGCAGAGGGGAGAGAAAAGCCCCAACCCUGCCCUUUAUCCUUCUCUCGGGUGCCAUCCUGGCCUGGUCUCCACUCCUAGCACCAGCUCACUGCUCACUGUCUCCCAGGGGGAAAGAGGCUGCGACAAGCAGCUCCACUCCAGCUGGCCCUGGGGGCUCCACUGCACCCCAGCCACCACUGCCUCUGGCCUCAGCCCGGCGCUGAGCACCCCUCCUGCCUGCCUGCUGGGUGCUCUGACUGGGUGCUGCCAGCUCCCCAGGUGCCUUGCUGACACAGAGCACAAGCAGGGGUAGGGGGAUGGUUAUUUUUAUUAAAAAACAAACAAGACA